UAAGCAGUGACGGAUUUAUUUCGAGUGCCGUGUAAUUUACCCGUACACUCAUUAUUUGCUCGUUUUUUUUUUAUAUUAUUAGGAAUGAAUAAAAGCGUUUUAGUGCGUUUAGUUUUUGGGGACUAGUUGAAUAAUGAGUGAUGUUUAUAAAAAGGUUGAACAGUAUUCCUGGGAAAUAUGUUGCUAUUCAUUCACGAUGCAAGAGUGUAUUCAGCCUCUUAAGAAAUGAAAGUGCAAAAAAUGAUGUGGAUGCAAAUAUACGAUACCCAUAUCAAGUUGUACAACCGGGUCGCUUGUCACCAAUUAAGGCUGUUCCAGAGUUUAUUGCCAAGCCUGACUACCGGAAGACCACGUUACUUUUUACUAAUAGAGCAAGCUGUAUCGCCAUAAACAGUGAAGAAAUGAUUCGAAAGAUGAAGGAAACUUGCCUUCUAGCUAAACAUGUAUUACAAACAGCAUCCUCUGUGUUGGAGCCAGGUGUUGCCACAGAUUACAUCGAUGAAAUAGUUCACGCUGAGAUCAUAAAAUGUGGAGCUUAUCCUUCUACGUUGCAUUAUAAAGGUUAUCCAAAGUCCUGUUGCACAUCUGUAAAUAAUGUUGCAUGUCAUGGCAUUCCGGACGACACUAUUCUUCAAGAUGGAGACAUCAUUAAUAUAGACAUAACUGUUUUCUACCUCGGUUGUCAUGGAGAUACCUCUAAUACAUUCCAAAUAGGGGAUGUAGAUGAAACAGGUCUAGCCUUGAUAUCGAGCACCCGUGAAUGUCUAAAUCGUGCAAUUGAUAUUUGCAAGCCUGGUGCAAAAUUUUCCGACAUUCCUGAGGUUAUUGAACCUUUUGCUUUGGAAAAAGGUUUGAGCGUUUGUAAAAAAUUUGUUGGUCAUGGUAUUGGUCAACAUUUUCAUACACCUCCUAAUGUAUGGCAUGUGAAGACUCAUCGAGUUGAUAAACGGAGAAUGGAACCUGGUAUGAUAUUCACUAUCGAACCAAUUCUAAUGGAAGGUGAUACGAGGGUCAAGAUUUUGAGUGAUGGAUGGACAACAGUAUCAAGAGACAAUUUACGCUCUGCCCAAGCAGAACACACUGUAUUAAUAACACAAAGUGGACAUGAUAUUUUGACACUGUGAAAAUAAUAUUAAUGGUGCAAUAAAAAUUCUUCAAUGUUCCAAAUUGUCUGGAGAUUAGAUUGUGUUUUAACUCUAGAUCAGUAACUGGCAAACCUAAUGUACUCUCGGGCCAAAUAUUAAUUGCUGCCUAUAAACAAUCUGUUUCUGGUCUGCAUUUGGUCCUGAGGCCGCACUUUGCCGGCCACUGCACUAGAUCAUUAAAAAGUUCAUUCAAUAGAAUCUGAUAUCACCUUGUUCACAUAUUUAUUUAUUUUUUUCUUAUGAAUGUUAUUUAUCAAUUCUGUCACACAUCCUGAACUUAUAAUUGGUUUGUGAAUUGAGAUUGACUAGAAUCAGUAGAGUGUAAACUUGAUUUACCUUGUUCACAUAUUUAUUUAUUAUCUGAUGAAUGUUUAUUCAAUUGUUAUCAAUUCUGUCACACAUCCUGAACUUGUAAUUGGUUUGUGAACUGAGAUUGACUAGAGUCAGCAGAGUGUAAACUUGAUUUAUUUAUAAUAUGGAAUAUUCUGACUGUUUGAAAGUUGUAGUAUGUUGAUAACUAGAUUGAUAAUACCAUGAACUUGUUAACUAAAAAAAAACAUAAUGUUAUUUGCCUAUUCUUGCUGGUUUGUAUUCUCAGAAAAAUAUUGCUAGAACAGUAAAUGUGCUAUUGUUCAUAAAAUUUCAAUAUCUCCACAUGAAUGUACAAAUACUCAUAAAUCAAUUCAAGUUGCAUGAAGUUUUACACACAUGUUAUUUCUUCUCACUGCUACACAUAGAAUGUCUCUUUAUUAUUUGUGGUACUGUAAUAUUUGGUGUGACUGUGAAGUGCUAAGAAAUUUUGAAAAUGGAAUAAUUACCUAUUUCUAUUUGAUCAGGAGCACCUGCUGUUACAUCCUGUUAAAUGUUUUAACUCCAUAAUCUUAUUCACCAACUGAAUGUUAUCGUUGU